CACCAUAAAAGGAUACUCACACAGCGCUACAAAAUGGCAGCUCCCGGAAAUAGGAGGUCAGACUACGGGUGGGAAUAAAAAAGUAUGCAUCACAAUCUUAUGGCUGCUGUAGUCGAAACAACUCGCAUUUUUGCUGCUUAAACUGCAAUAUAGCGUGUUCUAGAUAUGCAUAUAUAUGCGCGGAUGUUUUAGUUUUAGGACUUUGGAGAGAAACCUUUGGUAUAAGCGACGAGUUGUUUGGACAGGUUACUGGCGCUAAGCUAAUGUAAUUAGCAAGUAGCUAUAAAAACAACGGUUUGGGUUUAGAUUCAUCUGCAUCCGCAAAUCCUCUUCAGCUGAAUUAUUUUCCUCGGGGUUUUGCUUCAUUCGUGACCAAGUGGGAACUGGUAAAUUCCUAGUGGGAAGUCGGGAAAGAUAAGUUUGAACAGCUCUCCAUCUUAUUUUUCGAGACCUCAGACUUCUCCAGGUGUCGAUUCAGUGACGUCACUUCAACAUGGCGGCGCUUAUAGUGAAAAGUAAGAGCGAGAAAUAACAGCGAGAUUUUCUGUAGACAGCUUCCAGUGAGUAUUCAUCUAUUUCCGACUUGGAACAUUCCGAGUUCCCAGGUGUCGUGAACGCAGCAUUGGAUGAUAUGAAACAGGAGUGUUAUUUCACAGCUUCGCCAACAGAUGGCGACAUUCUCUGUGCAGAAUCGAAACCUCUACCUGCACAGCCUUUGUUUGUCUAAACUGUCUGUAUUUCAUAAAGCAUCACACCAUGAAUUCACUGGUGGAUUAUGACUGUGACAGUGAGGACAGUUUAGAACCAGAGGAGACCCUUCCAGGAAAGAGGGUCAGUUCAGCUGAGUCUGAAAAAACAAUUCAAAGCUUUCCAUUACAUGUAAAGAGGCCAGAUUCAGAUCUCCAUCACCACGAGUCAAAAUCAGAAGCAUAUAAAACCCCAUCAGGUUCAAAGUGGCCUGAGUUAGCAUGUCCUGUAGUACAAACUUCUGUGUGUUCAAAAAGACUCCAAGCCACUCCGGGUGGACUCAGACCAUAUGUGUCAAAGAGGCAGAGGAUGAUCACGCAGCCCGAGUCAGCAGCACUGGUGCCCACAGAAAACUCACCUGACCUGCAGGCUACAAACCCGCGCCUUCUCUCAGAAGUGUCGGAGAGAGUGCAGCCGUUCCUUGGCAGGAAAGCGUUGAGAGCUGAGCUGCCUAAACGUGUUCAGCAUCAGCUUCAGGCUCAUCAAGGUCCAGUAAACACAGUGCAAUGGUGCCCAGUGCCGCAUCUCAGCCACCUGCUGCUCUCAGCCUCCAUGGACAAGACCUUUAAGGUUUGGGAUGGUGCAGGCAGUGGGCGGUGCCUUCAGACUUACCCCACCCACUGCGGGGCUGUACGAGAUGCAUGUUGGCUGCCUUGUGGACGACGCCUCCUUUCUGGCUCCUUUGACAACACAACCUCUGUGACAGAUUUGGAGACGAGUCAGGUGGUUGCCAGGGUGGACAACCAAUUCAAGGUCACUUGUCUUGCCUUUCAGCCCUCGGAUGCUACUGUUUUUCUGUGUGGGGGUUUCAGUUCUGAGGUCAAGGCAUGGGAUUCCCGAACCUGCAAAAUGGUCAGAGUCUACAAGGCUGGGAUUCAGCAGACACUGGACAUCCUAUUUCUGGGUGAUGGGAAAGAAUUUGUGACCAGCAGUGAUGUUGUCAGUCGAGACUCUGCAGAUCGCACUCUCAUUGCCUGGGACUUUGUGACUACUGCCAAAAUCUCCAACCAGAUAUUCCACGAGAGAUACACCUGUCCCAGCCUGGCCAUGCACCCACAGGAGGACUCCUUUGUUGCUCAGACCAAUGGAAAUUACAUGGCACUCUUCUCAGCCCAGAAGCCAUACCGGAUGAACAAGAGGAAGAGAUAUGAAGGGCACAAGGUGGAAGGUUAUGCGGUGCAAUGCGAGUGGUCUUCAGAUGGAACCGUACUGGCGACAGGUAGUUCUACAGGCUCUGUGCACUUUUUUGAGUUUCAGAGUGCAAGGAGCUUGCUCACACUCCAUGCUCAUCAGCAGGCCUGUGUGUGUGUGUCUUAUCACCCUGUAAUACCUGGUAUGGUUGCCACUUGUGACUGGGGAGGGGAGAUCAAGAUAUGGAACUGACAACCUUGAAGACUUCCCUUUGCUGUAGAAAUGUAUCCAAAGACUCUAUUUAAAAACAGAAUAAAUUUAAAUUGUCUCAUAAACAUCUUAUAAUGCAAGUUGGGUAUAUGAGCAUGUACAGAUGUCUACUCAGGAAGUUUUUCCUUGCCUCUGUGGCCUCUGGUGUGGAAUCUAGAGUGACAUCUGGAUUUCUGUAAACCUGCUUUGUGACUACUUUGUGUCUAGCCAAAAGCCAUAUAAAAGUAAAACUGAAUUAACUAAAAUUCUGUGUAACAAUUAACACCAAUUGUUAAUAGAAAUAACAUUUUAUUACAAAUGUGUCUACAUAGCACAUUGAUGACACUUGGCUAUUACUAAAGUUUAAGAUCAGCGUUCA